AUGACCAGAAUUAACGCGACAGAGACGACUCCCUUGAUACCGGAGAUACCUCCCGAGGUCUCGGAUGUCGAGAGGAACAGCCCCGACGAGCCGAAAACGUAUAGCCAUGCGUUUAUCGCGAGGGUAGUUGUCGCGUUGCUGAUUGGUAUCUUUACUUCCAAUGCCGAUGGCUCAUUGGUACUGGCGACUCAUCCGGUGAUUGCGUCCGAGUUUGGCAAGCUUCAGGAUUCGAGUUGGCUAUUUAUCAGCUUCAUGUUGGCUAGUGCAGCAUCGCAGACGAUUUCCAGACCGCACCCGACACUGGUCUCACUUGAAUCUCUGGCUAACAAUUUCAGUGCCCUCGUAGGCGCUGGCCAGUCAAUGUGGCAGGUCAUCCUAGGUCGCGUAAUCUCUGGAUCUGGAGGUGCAGGAAUGACUACAAUGGCAUCAGUCAUCAUAACUGAACUCGCACCUCUCCGAGAAGUUGCCUCAUGGCAAAGCUACAUGAAUGUCAUCGCCACCGUCGGCCGUAGCAUUGGUGGUCCGCUUGGAGGCUUUCUCGCUGAUACAAUCGGCUGGAGAUGGUCAUUCCUCGGACAAUCGCCAAUUUUUGCUGUAUCCAUGAUCAUCGCCGCCAUCCUCCUCCCCUCUACAACACAGACCGAGGGCGCGACACUCGAGCGCAUCAAAAGGAUCGACGCACUUGGAGCUCUGCUUUUGGGUGGCUCUGUUCUCGCUUUCAUGGUUCCCCUUGAGAUUGGCGGCCAGAAGAUUCCAUGGAGUCAUCCCCUCGUGCCAAUUCUCGCUGCCGCUGGUGUGAUUCUCUCAGUUGCUUUCGUACUUGUAGAGUCACGCUGGGCCAAGGAACCAAUCUUCCCUCUUCGCUUACUCAGAAGUGGCGAUGUCACAAAGACGUAUCUGAUUGCGUUUGGUCAAGCAGCUGCACAACUUGGAACCAAUUGGCUGGAGUCACUCUACGUCUUCCCAGGGGGCCUGGGAAUGGGCAUCGCUCAAAGUGCUGCCUUUAUCGCUCUCCAAGCUUCCAUUGAUCCCAAAGACAAAGCAGCAGCUUCUUCUGGAAUCUUCCUCGCUGUAACUUUGGGUUCAGUAGUUGGCAUGGCUGGUACCAGCGCAACCAUCCAAGGACUUCUCAGACACGACAUUCAACAGAACCUCAGUGAUCUCGGAAAGUCUCAACGCUUUAUUGACGAGGUCAUUCGAAAAGCCGCAGAGAGUGUCUCGUACAUCGACGAAGCUUCCGAGCCCAUUCGAAAGGUACUGAUCGAAGGUUAUAUCAGAGGAAUCGAGUAUGGCCACGGUAAGUGCAUGUCCCCUUGCCAGGAGUGGCAUGGGAAAGGGGACUGCAUCACGUUAGAAAACCUUCUGACACGUUUGGUGCUGUAUUCAUUGUAGGCUUUGACAUAAGUGAGAGUUCGUUUGGUGUCCCCUUUAACUCCAAAGUCUAUUUUGUGACAGUAUUUGAUUUGAUUUUU